UGGCGGAGCCUGGUCCCGCCCGCCGCCCGCGGCCUCGGCUCGGAGGCCCGGCGUCCGCGGGCCGGGGAGGUCGCCGCGCGCGAUGCUGCUGUCCAAGUUCGGCUCGCUGGCGCACCUGUGCGGGCCGGGCGGCGCGGAUCACCUCCCGGCCAAGCUCCUGCAGCCAGCCAGGGCGGACCGGGAGAGCUUCGAGAAGACGUACCAGGUGGGCGCCGUGCUGGGCAGCGGCGGCUUCGGCACAGUCUACGCGGGCAGCCGCAUCGCAGACGGGCUCCCGGUGGCAGUGAAGCACGUGGUGAAGGAGCGGGUGACCGAGUGGGGCAGCCUCGGCGGCGCGGCUGUGCCCCUCGAGGUUGUGCUGCUGCGCAAGGUGGGCGCGGCGGGCGGCGCGCGCGGCGUCAUCCGCCUGCUGGACUGGUUCGAGCGGCCGGACGGCUUCCUGCUGGUGCUGGAGCGGCCCGAGCCGGCGCAGGACCUCUUCGACUUCAUCACGGAGCGCGGCGCCCUGGACGAGCCGCUGGCGCGCCGCUUCUUCGCGCAGGUGCUGGCCGCCGUGCGCCACUGUCACAGCUGCGGGGUCGUGCACCGCGACAUCAAGGACGAGAACCUACUGGUGGAUCUGCGCUCGGGCGAGCUGAAGCUUAUCGACUUUGGCUCUGGCGCGCUGCUCAAGGACACGGUCUACACUGACUUCGACGGAACCCGGGUAUACAGCCCCCCGGAGUGGAUCCGCUACCACCGCUACCACGGGCGCUCAGCCACCGUGUGGUCACUGGGCGUGCUGCUCUACGACAUGGUGUGUGGGGAUAUCCCCUUCGAGCAGGACGAGGAGAUUCUCCGGGGCCACCUGUUCUUUCGGAGGAGGGUCUCUCCAGAGUGUCAGCAGCUCAUCCAGUGGUGUCUGUCCCUGCGGCCCUCAGAACGGCCCUCACUGGACCAGAUCGCUGCUCACCCCUGGAUGGUGGGGGCCACUGGGGACACUCCAGAGACCUGUGACCUGCGGCUGUGUGCCCUGGACCCUGACGACGGGGCUAGCACCACAUCCAGCAGCGAGAGCUUGUGAGGAGGGACCUGGACACUGGCACGGGGACUGCCCCUCACUCAUGAGAGCCAAGGGACCACCUGCCUCUGCCAGCCCCCUGAUGCCCCCAAAACACUGACAUUCUCCUGCCUGGGUUGUCUCUUCCUGCAGAAGCAGUGAUCUGUGACCCCUGGUGACCUUUGCUUUGAGUGCCUUUUGAACGCUGGUCCCACAGGCCUCGGUUUUCUCAAGCUCUGUCUGUCCAAAGACGGCUCUGGUGGAAGUGAGAUCCCGCCUGCCCUGGGUGGACACUUGAGCCCGAGACGUCCCUCUCUCUGUGCUGCUCUGUCCGGGAGACGUGUCUGACCCGGAGCGUUCUCACCGUUGGGCACGGGGGUCCCAUGCCCCCCUCGCGUCCUCCAGUCGUACAGUAUCUGGGCGUGUUCAUGCACAAGCAAUGCAACUGCGGCCUCUGCCGCCCGCCUGCCCACGCAAGCUGUGUCUGCGCGUGCCAACGUCUGUUAUUUAUGGUGUGACCCCCGUGGAGGGCGCCCCUGGCCCACCGGGGCUAUUUAUUUAAUUUAUUUGUUGAGGUUACUUUCUCUGGGCAGCCCGCUGCCUCCAGGCCCCUGGGGGGUGGGGAGGGGAGGGGAGGGUGCUGGCUGUGGUCCAGGGAUGCAGGUCCUGAUUCUUGCACCUGGUGUAGGUUCCUGGCCUCACCCAUGUCUGUCAGAAGAUGAACUUGUACAGUGGCUAAUUUAAGGGGAGUGGUGACCCUGCCACCUAGAGGCACUCUGUGCCCCAGGGGGUGGGUUUUAAAUUAUUGACUUUGUACAGUCUGCUUGUUGGCUCUGAAAGCUGGGGGGUGGGGGACAGAGUCUCAAGCCUCUAAUUUAUUUUAGUAGCUGUGUUUAUGUGGUCCCGGUGUGUCUAGGCAUCGAGGAUGGGGGUUUCUUUCAGUUAAGAAGUGUGACAUGUCUGGAGAUCAUAUUUUUUAUACACGUAUUUGAAUUAAAUUUUUUGUACGUA